AUGGCGACCGACACCGUCCUCAAGGACCAAGAAUUCAUCGACCCAGAAAGACAGCGGAUAUUAGAAGGAGAUGCUCGAUUCAACCGACUCGGAUGGAAACGCCUUACGGUGCUUUCUAUCGUAGAGGCUAUAGCUCUUGGAAGCUUAGGUCUCCCUUCUGCCUUUGCAUCCCUUGGGAUGGUCGCAGGAUUAAUCUUGACUGUGGCGCUUGGUUUCGUCGCAAUUUAUGCAGGAUACAACAUUGGCCAGACUAAGUUGAAAUAUCCACAAAUUGGUCACUAUGCCGACGUCGGCCAGUUAUUGUUUGGCAAAUGGGGAUCUAAAAUCUUCAUUGGAUGCUUCGUAACAUUACUCGUCUUCGUCAUUGGGUCUCACUGUUUAACCGGUGCUAUUGCAUUUCAAACUAUCACUGAGAGCAAUGUCUGCGCCUUAGUAUUCAGUAUCUCAUCUGCAGCUAUUUUGCUGUUUCUUGCGGUUCCUCCCUUCUUCGCCGAGAUUGCAAUACUGGGAUAUAUCGAUUUUGCCUCGAUCAUUAUAGCCAUCGGGGCUACCAUGAUAGCGACUGGGAUUCGAUACUCAGGUGGCUCGACUAUUCCUGACCCAGACAUUAUUCCGUGGUCAGCGUGGCCUAAAGCCGGCCUCACGUUCUCAGGCGCCAUCGUUGCGACAAACAAUAUUGUGUUUGCGUAUUCCUUCGCUGGUUGUCUACCCUCGUUUAUGGAUGAAAUGCACACACCAGAAGACUAUAUAAAGACUCUGUGGUGGAUGGGAGGCAUUCAGAUCGUUGUAUAG